AUGUCUAUAAAAAAGUAAAAAAUUAGGUUUUAAUUAGACACUUGAUAUAAUUAGCAUAAUUGAUUAUUGAAGAAGAAGAGGAACCAGACUUUAACAUUAUUGUUCCAUCAGUUAUCAAAUUAAUAUAAAUUGAAAUAUCUCCAAAUAAAUAGCAACUUGCAGAAUUGUAGCAACUUAGAUAUUUGAUUGAAGAUAAAUAAUACUUUUCUGCAUAUUAGAUGAAGUAAGAGCUUUUGCUAAAUUAUUCAAAUGAUUAAGAGUAUAUAAAUUAUACCAAAGAAAUUUUUGAGUUGAUUGAUGAUGACAUAGAAGAAAUAAAAGAACUUACAAAAUGGUUUGAUUUAUAGGGUAUUCAUGUAACUAAUUUACCCAGAUGGCUGGUCAAUUUAACAAUAAGAUAGUAGAAUGUAGAUCAGAUAUUAAUAAUUGCCUAAUUCUCCAAGAGUUAUUGCUAGAAUUGACACAGAAAUAAAAAUUCCAUUAGAUAUAUUUAUUAGUCUGAUAUAUGAGACAGAACUAUAUCCAUAAUGGUUUCCAUUCUGCAAAGACUCUAAAACUAUUUUAUAACCAGAUAAAGCAACAAAGAUUCUACAUAUGCAUUCAUCACCACCUGUUAUAUCUGAUAGAGAAUUAUGUGUAAAAGGAUGGGGAGUAAACAAUUUAGAAUAUGAUGGAAGUGUUCUUAUUUUAAGUCAUUCAAUUGAUACGAGAACAAAAUUAUUAAAAAGAUAUGGGUAAAUAUUUUUAAUUUAUUUCUUUUGAGUAUCUUUUCCUGAA